AUGCUGGACAAUUGCAGUUUUACACAUCUAAUUUCAAGGUAAUGGUUAGUUUGAGACUCAAUAAAUCUCUAUUUUGUUAGAAAAAGCCUAAGGUCGAACAACGACAUAAAUGCCUUGCCCAAGGGCAACAAAAGUUACCGUAACCUAACUCAUCCUUAUCGAACCUCGACAGCCGCUGUCAACGUGUUUGUUUUACGCCGCUGAAUUUUCUUUGAAACCGUCUCCCCCCGGGAUAUCGGCAAUAUUCAUUGAUAGCAUUGUCUGGCGGUGAAAGUUUUCAAUUAAUCUCCUGGCGCUUCCUUCGCCCCUAAAUCAACUGCGUUCCAUCUUCAGCGUCGUCAUUUUUUUGGUUGGCUCUGAGCCAGCCGGCUCCCGAGUCAAAGAGCUCAACGAAAAGGAAAGAAGGCGUAAAGUGGAAACAUUCCCUCCUCGACGACGGCGUCGACGGUCUUCGUUUUUUCGUCCACGGAACCACCCCGCUUUCAGCGACGCGAGCGUGGAUAAAAAAACUCGCUUAGCGCCCGCCCGCUUUCCCGCUGGCGCUCCAGCUGUGGGGGUUUAUAAGGCCGGGCGCAGUACCUUGAAGGCACCAGAUCCCCUCACGAUCCGAACAAUUAUGAAGACCGCCGUUGUUGUGCUCGCCUUGAUCGGCUCUUGCUCGGCCUUCUUGUUCCCCAGCGCCGGAGGCGGCGGCGGUUGCUGGUAAGUGCAUUGCAUGAGGUUGUCGGCUUGAAGCUAACCUUAACGGCCCUUGCAAGUCCAUUUAGUGGCCUUUAAAUUGCUGCUAAAGAUGCGGCAUCACAUUUUAGCCUCUUUUUUUACCUCUAAAAAUUCAUAUUUGAGAAGUAUUGACAAUCUUUUUUGGUGACUGUUUCAUAUUCUCUAUUUUUUCAGCGCUCCCCCACCACCACCACCCGCUCCAUCCUGCGGAUGUGCCCCACCAGCCCCAUCUUGCGGCUGCGGCGCCCCUCCACCACCCCCACCCCCACCACCACCAGCCUGCGGAGGAUCUUUCGCCGCCGUUAGCGGCUGCGGAGCCCCAGCCCCAUCGUACGCCGCCCCAGCCCCAUCGUUCGCCCCAGCCCCAAUCGGAGGUGGAUACGCCACUGCCCCAGGCGCCGGAGGAUUCGGCGGACCAAUCGGCGCCGGAGUCGGCGGAGGAGUUGGCGGAGGAUACGCCGCUGCCCCAGCCCUCAACUCCGCUCCCGCCCCAAUUGGAGGCGGAUACCAAGCCGGACCCGCUCUUAACUCGGCCCCAGCCCCCAUCGGAGGAGGCUACCAAUCCGGCCCAGCCCUCAACUCUGCUCCAGCCCCCGUCGGAGGAUACCAGGCCGCCCCCGCCUUGAACUCCGCCCCCGCUCCAGUCGGAGGAUACCAAUCCGCCCCAGCUCCAGUUGAGGCUCCCGUCCAACAACAGAGCUACCAAGCCCCAGUUGAGGCCCCAGCCCAACAGCAGAGCUACCAGUCCGCUCCAGUCGUCGCCCCCGCCGCUGGAAACAACUACGCCGGACGCAAAUAA